CUUCCCAAGUAAUGCAGUCUGCUGAAAACGUUUCUCCAAUUAAUACUUUCGAUGUACUAAAUUUUACAACAUUUGCAUACCAAAAAUCAAGUGAUAAGUAUGAAACUGAUAUAGCUUCAUUUAUUUUUGUUUUUUUUCAACGGUGA